AUGCCGCACGUGGAAAUGCUGCUGCUGGCGGCCGCGGCGCUGUGGGUGUGCGUACGCGGGCAGGAACCCGGCACCAAGGCGGUGGCCGACCGCUACGCCGUCUACUGGAACAGCACCAACCCCAGAUUCCAGCGGGGUGACUACCACAUUGAUGUCUGUAUCAAUGACUAUCUGGAUGUGUUCUGCCCUCACUAUGAAGACUCAGUGCCAGAAGAAAAGACUGAACGCUAUGUUCUGUACAUGGUGAACUUUGAUGGCUACAGCUCCUGUGAUCACACCUCCAAAGGUUUCAAGAGGUGGGAGUGUAAUCGGCCACAUUCCCCAAAUGGACCACUGAAGUUCUCAGAAAAGUUCCAGCUGUUCACACCCUUCUCGCUAGGAUUUGAGUUCAGGCCAGGCCGGGAAUAUUUCUACAUCUCUUCUGCAAUCCAAGAUAAUGGAAGGAGAUCCUGUCUAAAGCUUAAGGUCUUUGUGCGGCCAGCAAACAGCUGUAUGAAAACUAUAGGUGUUCAUGACCGUGUUUUCGAUGUUAACGACAAAGUAGAAAAUUCAUUAGAACCAGCAGAUGAUACCGUACACGAGUCAGCCGAGCCAUCCCGUGGUGAGAAUGCGGCACAAACACCAAGGAUACCCAGCUGGCUUUUGGCAACUCUAUUGUUCUUCCUGGCAAUGCUUUUGAUAUUAUAG